AUGGAGCUUCUCUUCUACAAACAAAAAGCAAAGGCAUAUUGGAUUAGAGAUGAAGAUCAGGGUACCAACUUCUUUCACUCCAUAGUGGCUAGCAAAAGGAUGAGCAAUACCAUUAGGGUCCUUUAUAAUCAUGAUGAGCUACUUGGCUAUUCUAUACCUGAGGGUGCAGCCGAGGCUUUAAUCAUAGAGGUCUCUGAUGUUGAGAUUAAAGAUGCUAUAUGGGGGCAAGGGAAUAACAAAUCCCCUGGUCCAAAUAGAUAUAACUCGUACUGUUUUACUAACACAUUCAUGCUUCAUUCUUUCAAUGUUACAACUGUUGUACUUGUUCCUAAUGUACCUAACCCGAGUAUGGUUAAGGAAUUUAGUCCUAUUUCUUGUUAUUCUGUCAUAUACAAGAUUGCUACUAGAAUCCUAGUGAACCGAUUGUCUAUUGUCUUCCCUUGUAUGAUUUCAAUGAAUCAAUCAGCUUUUGUGAAAGGGAGAAGAAUUAUUGAUAAUACCCUACUAGCCCAGGAACUUGUUAGAGGAUAUAAUAGGAAGAAAGUUUAUCCAUGUGCUCUUAAAAUUGACUUGCAAAAGGCUUUCGAUUCCUUAAACUGGGAAUUUGUGGGAAUUGUUCUUUAUGCAUUAGGAUUACCUGAGAAGUUCAUUGGCUGGGUCUGGGCUUGUAUUACUAAUCCUAGUUUUUCAAUUAUGUUCAAUGGUAGUCUAGUUGGCUACUUCAAGGGCGCUCAGGGUGUUAGGCAUGGUGAUCCCCUUUCACCAUAUAUUUUCAUUUUGGCCAUGAACGUUUUAUCUAGUCUUCUGAAUAUGGCUGCUAUGAAGGGAGUGUUUAACUUCCAUCCUAAGUGCAAAAAGAUUGGGCUCACUCACCUUUGCUUCGUGGAUGAUUUACUUAUAUUCUACAAAGGUUCUCUGGACUCUGUAAUUGGUGUGCAAGCUGUUUUAGACACUUUCUACUCUAUGUCUGGUUUAAAACUAAAUGCUAGUAAAUGUGAAAUGUACUAUGCUGGGAUUUCUGUUGAGCAAUGUGCUGCCAUUAAGGAGAUAACCGGUUUCAAUCUGACAAGCCUUUCAUUACGUUAUUUAGGAGUCCCACUAGUAACCAGGAAACUCACUGUGAAGGACUGCCACAGUUUAAUUGAUAAGAUCAGGGCCAAGCUGAGUUUGUGGGCCAACAAACAUCUUAGCUUUUCUAGGAGACUUCAACUAAUCCAAGCUGUUUUAUUUAGCAUGGAAAGUUUCUGGUACAUGCAGCUCAUUCUACCUAAAGAGAUUAUUAAUACUAUCGAGCAGCUAUGUUCUAGAUUUUUCUGGAAGGGGUCUGACUUACCUGUAAAAGGUGCUCGUGCCAGCUGGAAAAAAAUAUGUUUAAUGAAAUCUGAAGGAGGUCUGGGCAUUCAAGCUGUAGGCGAAUGGAAUAAAGCCUGCAUUGUACCUAAUCAGGAAAUUAUUGGCUAA